AUGUCGCCCGCUGCUCCAACCCCGGCAGCCCAGAAGCAGAGGACUCGUACCAACGUUCGACAGUCAAAAGCCCGACGAAUAAAAUGCGACGAGGCCAAGCCACACUGCCUGCGCUGUCAGCGAGGCAAACGCACUUGCGGAGGAUAUCCCGACGGCGCUCCUCCGAGCAGCCAAACGAGCGCCGUGUUGCUCUCUGCCAAACCGGGAAAGGUCGAAGGCAUCCAUAUCAGUAAACCCAAACAGCUGGGGUCAAACCCGGAACUUGACCGUCUGCGUCUUUUGGCCUGCACCGUGCUCUCGCAGGGACAGCCUGGCGCGAGGACAGAGGCAGAGACUGCAUUCUGGGGUCACCUGGUGCCCCAGCUCGCACUGUCCAUUCCGAGCGUCAGAGAGGCGGCCGCCGCGUUUGGAGCAUCCUACGAGCAACAGAUGCUGAAAAGAACCUGCGACGCCGCCAAAUUCAAGGCGUUGAAACAAAUCACGGCGGCGAUGGCGAAAAUUCGACAAGACGUCCUCGAGCUCCCCCAUGGCCCUUUGCCCAUCCUUGUUGCGUGCAUCCUGCUCGCCUCGGCUGAAACAAUCCAGUACCGACAUACUGAUGCCUUGCUUCAUCUGCGUGGCGCCUACUCCGUCCUGAACUCCCGUGAAUGGCUUGCUACGAGAUCCUCCAACGGCAAAGCUCUGGCAGAGGACGACCUCUCGUAUCUGUUUGGAAAGCUGGACCUGCAAGUCAUCACGUAUGCGCGGGGGAACUCUCCAGAGCUUCAAUACCCUGUGGCGGCGGCUGGGUUGGACGACGCAGACCUGGCGGCGUUGACUCCACAAAAGGCAGACCGUGAGCUCUUCCGGACGUUGCACUCUUGUUACGCUUUUGCUACAGUGGCAUCUGAAUACAAAUAUCUCCCUCGCGCCGAUGUUCGGGAGACGCUGGUGCCGGAGCAGAGCCGCCACAUAGCCAGACUGAAAAGAUGGCUUUCGUGUUAUCGACAGUACUUACAGACAGAUCCGGACAUCUCGCCACUCAACUAUCAGCAUGGACUGGUACUUCAGGCGCACUGCCUCAGCGCACUUGUCUACGUCGCGAAUAUCCUCGACCCGUUGGAAAUGGCAUACGACAAGUACGCGCCACAAUUCCAGCAAAUCAUCGAGUGUGUUGAAGAAGCCAUGGGUGCGAGAUCGACCGAAGCCGAGAUGCCUACAUAUAACGCGGAGAUGGGGUUGAUCGAGCCUCUUUUCUUGACGGCCAUCAAGUAUCGAGAUUCCGGGUGGCGGGCGAGAGCCAUAUCGUUACUGCGGAGAUGCGGGAGAGAAGGGCCAUGGUGCGGAUAUGUCGAAGCGACCGCCGCCGAAUGCGUGGUGCGUGCGGAAGAGACGGCGGUGGCAGCCGCAGCCGCAGCAGCAUGCCACGCAACAAGCCUCACACCCACAGCCUCGUGUGACAAGGGAUCAGCAGCUUUGGCGAAACCCGCGUUCCUUCCUGAAGACAUUCCCGAGCAGGCACGAAUAGCCGGACACUCUCUGUUUGAUAUCGUCGAGGACGCCUCAGGCUCCCAAUGGGCUGUCGUGGAAAUGUCCCGGUGCCGCGACAUGGAAGCGAUGCUGUUUGAUGGGCAACCACGGCCGAAAGUCACGAAACAUUGGUACAUGUGGAAGGAGACGUGUCGGCUUUGGCAUUCAUGA